AUGCCACUUUACAAUAAGCUACCUCUCGAGCUGGAUGCCGUCGAUGUCAUCGUCGCGGGUGGUGGCACGGCGGGAUGCGUCGUCGCCUCAAGGCUUUCCGAGGCCGACCCGUCCUUAUCAAUCCUCCUCAUUGAGGCCGGGCCCAACAACUUCGGGGACCCCACCAUCGUCACUCCAUUUCUAUUCAUAUCCCACCUGGCCCCAGGAGCCAAGACCAUGUCCUUUCACGCGGGAAAGAAGUCGCAAUUUCUGGGCGACAGAGAGCCUAUCGUCCCUACAGCUCGCGUGCUAGGUGGUGGCUCAUCCGUGAAUUUCCUUAUGUAUAGUCGGGGUCAGCGCGCUGACUUUGACUCCUGGGGAAUGCCCGGUUGGUCCGCUGACGACCUGAUACCUUACAUGAAAAGAGCCGAAACGUAUCACGGAGAGGACUCUAAAGGAAACCACGGAAUGGACGGACCUAUCCACAUAUCUCAGGGCACAUAUUCUUCCAAGAGGUCGCAGGAUUCCUUUUUGGAGGCGGCGCAACGCCAAGGGUGGAGGGAACUGGCAGAUAUCAGUGACUUGGAAUCUAUCAACGGAGUUCAACGAGCAAAGCGCUACGUAUCACUCGACGGAAAGCGUCAAGACGCAGCCCACCAGUACCUCCAUCCCAGGCUCCAAGAUGGAGAGCACCCGAACCUCCACGUUCUUGUCGAUACCUCGGUAGUCCGUGUUACUUUUGAAGGCAAGAGAGCCUCGGGGGUGACCUACCAGUCCAGCGGAGCUGAAGCCCGGACAGUCAAGGCCAGAAAGAUGGUGGUCUUGUCCUGCGGAGCCUGUGGUACGCCAUCGGUCCUGGAGAGAUCCGGUGUAGGCGACAAGGCCAUCCUAGAACGCGCCAACGUCAAAACUAUUGUCGCGCUGCCAGGCGUCGGUGACGGCUAUGAGGACCACCACACCAUGACUUACAUUUAUAGGUCUGACCUUGGCGCCGACGAGACACUUGAUGGUAUCAUAACGGGUACCUUUGAUGUUCCUGCCAUGAUACAGAGGAACGAUAAACUAAUCGGAUGGAACUGCCUCGACGUGACCGGAAAGCUUCGGCCGACCGACCAGGAAGUGGCUGCUCUUGGAUCUGGAUUUCAAAAGCUCUGGGACAGGGACUUCAAAGAAGAGCCUAGCAGGCCCCUGAGCUUGAUGGUUUUGGUCAAUGGCGGUGCUGAGCCUGUUGGAGAACCCGGCCAAUACUUUUCCAUAUCCGUUUUCACCGCAUACCCAUAUUCUCGGGGUCAGAUCCAUAUCACGGGUCCAAACCUGGACGACCCGGUCAACUUCGAUUUCGGCCUCCUCUCGGAUCCCGAGGGUGUCGAUCUACUCGCUUGCCGGUGGGCAUACAAGAAGCAGCGUGAGAUUGCCCGACGGAUGACGACGUACCGUGGAGAAGUGGCUGCCAGCCACCCUGCCUUUGCGGCGGAAUCGGAUGCCCGGCCCACGAAACGCGACGAUCAUGACGCUGUUGACACGCCGGAAAUCAAAUACUCGGCCGAGGAUGACGCCGCCAUCGACCGAUUUGUGCGCGAGCACGUUUCGACGCCAUGGCACUCGAUCGGCACGUGCAAGAUGGCGCCCCUGGCCAACAAGGGCGUUGUCGACGAGAAUCUGGCCGUCUAUGGCGUUGAAGGGCUCAAGAUUGCAGACUUGAGCAUCCCUCCGGUAAACGUCGCGGCCCACACCAAUGCUACGGCGUUGGCCGUGGGUGAGAAGGCGGCAGACAUAUUCAUCAAGGAGCUCGGACUCAAAUAG